AGAUUUGGCUCAAGCUCAUUCAAUCUUUGUUGAUAUGUGCGAGCAUGAUGGCGAGCCCUUCCAUGAAAGCCUUUCCGUUGCCUUCAAGAGCGCCCUCACCAAGUUUGACAGUUUGAGUGCUUACUUCGCUGGCGGCGUGAGUGUUCAGGAGGUGAUUGCAAUGCUUUUGGAUGAAAUGCGCCAGGAUCAAGACUUUGCACAUUUGCUGGGCAAUGAUUUACGCCACAAAGAGUUCGUCAAGUUUGUGUCGCAGAGUAUUGGCAAGAUCUAUGGUGCAUGGAAAAGGGGCACCCUCAGUGACAAACCAGUCGACAAACCAAGCAACAAGCCUGCAGAUGUGGACAACGUUCUUUCUUGGCCAAGUAUCGAGAAUUAUCCCGAGUGGGUCUUUGAGCAAAUCAACAUCUACUGCUCGGCCACGCCCGAGGAGAAGGCCUUCGCACGAAUGGAGCUGGAGCAAACCUUGCUUGAGACACCGUUGUGGUCAGUGUCCACCAAAUAUGACGGCACUUGCUUUGGCAAGCUAGAUACCGGUGAGUUUGUUGGCCGCCGACAUUUUGUGGGGCAGUCUGACACUUACCUAAACACCAGCACAGCUGCUGCGAAUGAAUGCGAUGCAAGCGCCUUAAAGGAAGAACUUUCUCGAAUACUCGGGGUUGAAUUGGAAAGGCGCUCCGUUUGUGUGUGGGGAGAACUCAUGUGCAAUCCAGGCUACUAUGAUUACCUCGCCCGUGGCCUGUUUGAACAAUGGCUUCCCUUUGGCGUGGUCCUGAAAGUGCCGAAAGCUUCAGAGGCGGACAAGAUCAUCCAGCGCUUGCAGGACGAAGGUUUGGCAUACAGCCCUGGAUUGAAUGGAAAGUUUCGGCUCUCCAUGUGCGCUGCUCUGAGGCGCUUGCUUCAAGAUGUUGCACGGUGUCACGUUGUGGAAGAGGUUUUGCAGCAGGCCACGCACGCAGAAGUGGUGGCGCAAGGUGCUAAGGAUUUGAUGGAAGGCCGCAAUGAAGGCGUCGUUUUGGCGCUGCUUGAGCUGAUUCGAGCAAAACUGUUGCAUGCGGUAGCGAGUAAGAGUGAGGCAAGAGAGGCGAGUCAAGAGCACAUCAAGCGCACAUUUUGCAGAUUUUCGCAUGUACCUCCAAGCCAGAAAGCUUCCCAGGGUGCUUUUCACUGAGGUUUCGCCGUGUUCAGGGCCAAGCAUCACUCAGAAAAUGGAAGAACUCUUCUGAGGGGCAGGGCGCAAGCAAAAAGCAUGCGCAGAGGCUGCAACAGCUCAAUGUCAUAAGUUUGGCCAAGGAUGGUCACUUGGAUGUGCGGAUCGCAGACAUGGUGGAUAUGAUGAUUGCGGUUGCCGAAGCUGGGACUCAGCCAAUGAAGACUGGGAGAAAGGCUUUGAAGAAAUAGACAAGGAUGCCAUACCAGCCACACAGUCCCCCGACAUAUACAUUGACUUUGUACAGUGUACAGUAUUGUAUUGGAAUUGUGUGUUGCAGAUUGCACUUUGCCGCUCAAUGCGCCGUGCAAAUGGGAAUGUCGUGCGAACAGCAUAAUUUAUUUUGUGCAACUUUACCUCCAGCGUUCUGGCUUUCAUAAAGUCUUGAUGUGAGCGUCCCCCUCAAC